AUGGGUUUCAAAGUCAAUUCCCUGGUUGUGCUCUCUUUGUUUAGCCUAGUUGUGCACCAAGCAAGUGCAUCAAAAUCCCAUAAUGUGACUCCUUUAAGAGGGAAAAAGGAGUUAAGCAGAUGUAAUUUGUUCAGUGGAAGCUGGAUCAUUGACCCUUCUCAUCCCCUCUAUGACUCCUCAAGCUGCCCCUUCAUAGAUGCUGAGUUUGAUUGCCAAAAAUAUGGAAGACCCGACACCCAGUAUCUCAAAUACUCUUGGAAGCCUGAUUCUUGUGCCUUACCCAGGUUCGAUGGAGUGAGUUUCUUGAACAAGUGGAGGGGUAAGAAGAUAAUGUUUGUGGGUGACUCAUUGAGUUUGAACAUGUGGGAAUCAUUGUCCUGCAUGCUUCACGCGUCGGUGGCGAAUGCCACUACCACCUUUGUGAGGAGAGAAGCACUGUCCACUGUGACCUUCCAGGACUAUGCAGUAACCAUACAACUAUACCGCACACCAUAUUUGGUGGACAUAGUUCGAGAAGAUGUUGGGCGAGUGCUUAAGCUAGACUCUAUACAAGCUGGUAAUGCUUGGAUAGGCAUGGACAUGUUGAUCUUCAACUCGUGGCAUUGGUGGACUCACACUGGAAAUUCUCAAGGAUGGGAUUACAUAAGAGACGGUCCCAAUCUACUAAAGGACAUGGACCGUUUGGAUGCAUUUUAUAAAGGCUUGACCACAUGGGCUGGAUGGGUUGAUCUCAAUAUUGACCCUACCAAAACCAAACUCUUCUUUCAAGGCAUUUCCCCUACUCAUUAUCAAGGUCAGGAAUGGAAUCAACCAAGGAAGAGUUGUAGUGGAGAACUUGAACCAUUAGCUGGGUCAACAUAUCCAGCGGGUCUACCUCCAGCAGCUAACAUAGUGAACAAAGUGUUGAAGAACAUGAAGAACCCAGUUUAUCUACUUGACAUAACACUUCUCUCACAACUACGAAAAGAUGCACAUCCUUCUGUCUAUGGUGCAGAUCAUGCUGGCAAUGACUGUAGUCAUUGGUGCCUACCAGGACUACCUGAUACAUGGAACGAACUCCUAAAUGCAGCUCUAAUAAUGUGAAGCUAUAUUUAGAGUU